CGCCAGCAGGGGCGCUGUGAGGCGGUGUAGCAGCCUCCGGGGAGCUGUUGUGGUGUCCGGAAGGAGGACCGUUAGCAUGGCGGAUAUAUUUUUCACUUCAUGCUUGGCUCUUUAAUGUUGGGAUAUUAUAUCGUAGCAUUAAUAAUCGAUCAUUAAAACCGUGUCGCUGCAGUGAGCGGCAUCUUCCGACACUAACGGCUGUUUUCACAGUGCGCAGGCGUGGAGGGAGCAGCCGUUACACCACUGUCCGUCCGUGCCCGUCUGGCUGCACACGUCGUGACUUGUGACCCAGUUUGGUUUGUUUUCAUAGACCGACCUGAGUGAGAUGAAACAUCAGGGGCUUGAACACUGACCAAAGAGGGCUACGUCUUAAUUCAGUAAUAAACACACGCCAGAAACUAACAAUGGGUGACUUAACAGCAGAAAUGGAUGAGGAGGUGACGAAGCAAGACUUCUCCUUGGAUCCACGGCCAGAGCCACUUCUGAUAAUCCUGUCCCCUCCUCCGCCUUUCUUACCUACCCCCGGGGAGCCCACUAUGAUUUGGCAUAAGUGGCUACGGGCUUUUGAACACUACAUCGAAGCGCUAGGUGAAAACGAGCUCGUCGACUCCACUAAGUGUGCGCUCCUACAGAACUGCCUCGGCCUAGAGGGCCAGCGUGUCUUCACAACACUGAUCCCGGGUGAAACCACGUACGCAGGAGCCAUCUCCACGCUGGCGGUGUUCUUCUGCUCUGAUCACACCUCUCAGACGUACCGCCUUAAAUUUCAUCAGAGGGCUCAGAUGCCUGGAGAGACUGUAGAACUGUUUGUGUCUGCGUUGGAAGAACUGCUGGGGCCUUGUAACUAUGGAGACUUACAAGAUAAACUUAUCCUGGAUCAACUGAUUGAGAAAACCAACUGCCCACAACUCAGAGAGAGGCUGCUGAUGGAGGGGGAGGCACUGACCUUGGACAAGGCGUUGGUCGUUGGUAAAGAGGUUGAAUUUACUUUAAGUGAAUCUGAGGUGUUCGGUUUUCACGAGGUCAGUGUGGACAUUGGAGACGAUUUGGACCCUCCUGCUCCUGUAAAACGUAAAAGAGGGCGGCCUCGGCGUGGGGAGGUAAGGCCGCAAAAAAAAAAAAAAACAAUCUCGACUAAAACCCCAACAAGAUCAACUAGAUACAAAGACAAUUACUAUUACAGCAAUGAUAAGCAAUAUUAUAGUGAAAAUGAUGAAUAUAAGACUGAUAAUGCUAAUGCUAAUAAGACUAAACUGGCUUGUGAUGAAGCCAGAAAUAAAGCACGUAAUGAUGAUAAUGGAGCCUUAUCAUCAUCAUCAUCAUCACUGAGGAUAAAAGAGGAGCGCUAUGACAUAGCAAGUGAUGGUGUCGAUGAUGAUGAGGAUGAUGAUGAUGAAGAAGAUGAAGACUUUGCCAUUUCCCCGUCUAAACUAAAGGGCCCCUACUGUCCUAUCUGUGACGGCAGGCGCUUCAGAGACAAAAACAAGCUCGCCAGACACAUGAGGACGCACACAAAGGAGAAACCGUUCAGCUGCCCAGUCUGCGCCAUGACCUUCAGCCAGUCCUACCACAUGACCCGACACAUGAGGAACCAGCACGGUGCGGGCCAGCACGUCUGCUCCGUGUGUGGGGAGAGUUUAGGGAGCUUUGCAGAGCUGCAAAGUCACAAGAGGACACAUAAGUCGCAAGUUCUGUCAUGUCCCGACUGUCCUGAAAAAUUCACCAAUAAUGACGCAUUUCUUUGUCACAUCAUGACGCACAGCACAGACCAGUCCGCCCAGUCCACCCAGACUGAGGGACAGAGUUCUGAGCAAAGUGACGAGGUGGAAAAACAAGAAAUAAACGAAGCGUGUGACAAAGAUAGUCAUGAAAGUGAUAAUGAGAAUGAUGCAGACUCUGAUAAUGGUGAUUCUCAGGAUAAAGAAUCCGAAGUUAACGUUAAGAUGGAAGACAAGGACACUGACAAAGCGAAAUCUCAAGACGGAGGCGGUCAGAAAAAGAAAGGUGCCUCUAAGACUAAAACAAAAGGCCAUUUCUGCCCCAUCUGUGUCGACAGGCGCUUCAGAGGCCCCAACAAACUCGCCAGACACAUGAGGACGCACACAAAAGAGAAACCGUUCAGCUGCCCGGUGUGCGCCAUGACCUUCAGCCAGUCCUACCACAUGACCCGACACAUGAGGAACCAGCACGAACUGGGCCAGUACAUCUGCUCUAAGUGCGGCAAAAGUUUAGGGAGCUGGAUGGAACUGAGGGCGCAUAAGAAGACCCACGCGGUUGAAGGCCUGACGUGUCUUGCAUGUGAGAAACAGUUCAAGGAGAAGGCCGCACUCGUUAGUCAUCUUAAAUCACACAAGAAGGUCCAGUCCAACCCUCGAAGCCUCACCUGCGACGACUGCGGCAAAGUAUUUGGUCGAAUGUAUCAUUUGAAGAGGCACAUAGUGACCCAUCGCAAAGCAACGAACGGAGAGUGUUUCACGUGCCCCGACUGUCAGAAGAACUUUGCCUUCCCGGAAGACCUCAACAAACAUUUGGAGAUUCAUGUGAAACAAAACAAUGGGACUUGUCCGAAAUGCGACAAGACCUUCAGCACUCCUGAAGAACUGGAGAAGCACAUGGCCAUUCAUGAAAAGUCUUACUCCUGCAGCAUCUGUGGGAAGAAGUUUAAGGUUGAGUAUGCGUUGAAGAAGCACGAGCAAGGCCACCAAGAUGAGCAGUAUUACUGUUCGUUGUGCCGCAAACACUUCUUUAAGCUUUCUCACUACAAGAGGCACAUAAUGGUCCACAACAGACGGGAAACGAGAUGUCCACACUGUGACAGUGUCUUUUUACAGUUAACAGCUUUGAAGUAUCACCUGCGGACUCAUACGGAGGAAAGACCGUACCAGUGCAGCUGCUGUAUCGAGACCUUUGAGGAAAAGGAAGAACUGGAGCAACACUGCCUCAAACACAGGAAGUUCAAGAGAGAGAGGCCGUAUUCGUGCACUCGAUGUGAUGCAGCUUUCUCUGCACUGAUCGAGUUGACCGACCACAUGAGCUCACACGAUGGAGAGCAGCCGUCGAACUGCCCCAUCUGCGGCAGGACUUUUUUGAACAAGAGCAAACUGGAGAGGCACCUGAGCAUCCACACGGGGGAGAGACCUCACCUCUGCUCCAUCUGCGGCAACGGUUUCCCCUCAGCCGCCAGCCUCAAGUUACACAUUCACAUCCACACCGGAGAGAAACCCUUCCAGUGUUCACAGUGCAGCAAGAGCUUCAGGUCGUCCAGCGGGCUGCGGCUGCAUAGCAGGCAGCACAUGGAGGUGCGGCCCAGCUACGAGUGUCCCGAGUGCGGCAGGACUUACGGUCGCAUGACGGAGCUGAAGAUGCACCAGCGCUAUCACACGGGGGAUAAACCAUACGCGUGCACAUGCUGCAACAAGCGUUUUAUUAGCAAAGACAAACUGAACGUUCACAUGCGGAUACACACGGGGGAGAGGCCGUACUCCUGCCCCCACUGUGGACAGACAUUUACACAGACUGGAGACAGAAACAGACACAUCAGUAAAUACCACUAGUUAGAUACUGUAAAAACAGAACUCCUGUCAAGCUUAGGUUGUUGCUUUUGAAUGAUCGUGGCAGUGGUUUUGCAUGUUUGUAGGGGUUGGCAGUAAAGAACACAGGUUUUGCCAUCUUAUUUGAAAAAGAGCAACAAGCCAAAAUAUGUUAACUCAGGCAGAUUUAGGCCCCGAUCGGACAGAAAACAUAAAGCACACUGCAUCGCCUUUCUUGUUUGAAAACAUGACAGGGUUCGUACAAAGUCUUGAAGGUUUGGAAAGAAUGCCUAAUUUUAUGUUUUUAAAGUUAGGAAUAUGCUUGAAUUUAAUAUACUCCUAGAAACUGCUUAAAUUUACAACAUAAUCUUGUGUUUUGAAUACAAAAUCACUGUAAACCAUCCGAAAAGAAACAAUCCCAUCAUAUUUGUUUGUCCACUGGUGUCUUGUGUCCAACGAUCGAAGCUAUUUAAGAGAUAAAUAAGUCUUUUGUUGAUUCCUUACUCUGGAAAUUAGAAAGUGUUAAAUAAUCAUGUUUAAAACAUACAAUAAAAGUUACUAUAAACAGCUAGUAAAAUAAAUCAUGUCACUGAACUUUGAUACCUUGAAAGCUUUGCUUGAAAAGUGUAUUUUACACUUGAAAAGCUGUACGAACCCUGCAAUAAGACCAAGUGCAGUUUGCUGUGUCUUUUCUUAAUUAUUGCAAGGCCACAACCGAACCACCUGUCCUUAGCCUAAGCAUUGUUUUUACUGUGAAGAAAAUUGAGUUUCUAUUUUUUCUGGUCACUGUGUAAAGGAUGUGUUUCCUGAUGAGAAGUGAUCAUUCUGUCAUUUUCUCAACCAACUAUUAUUCAACACCUUUUAAAAAGCUUUGUGCAAUUUAUGGAUUGUGCUUUCAUGGAUGGUAAAGCUGUCAAACCUUCUCAGCCAAGAUCUUUAUGACUUCAUGUUUGCUAGUAUUGUUCUUUCUGUAAACAUGGCUCAUAAAUGCUUUUUGUUGACAAAUCUUUGGCAAUAGUUGGUUAUAAACAUGCAAAACCACUGAUUUCUCUUUACAUCCAAACAGUUUAUUGCUGCUGUGCUGCUUUCUUCAAGCUUCAUACCUGACCUGGACUUUCACAUAUAUAUCACUACAUUACCACUUAAUAUAAAAGCUCUGCAUGAGGUUUUAGUCCUUGUAGCUCGUCCCUCUCACCCCUGUGCCUGAUGCGCCCUCUCCAUACAGCGUUUAUGUUCCAGUUUGCCAAAAUCUGUGGCUACAAGCUGAAAAUAAUCAUGGUCACUCAAGCAACACUCAAAUAUUUCAAAGAUGAGAUUUCAAUACUACGUCAUUUCAUGGUAUUAUAUUUGUUUUGUUUCACUUUUUUGAAAUAUUUUUAUUUAGACUCUGUAACCAUGCAUUGUGUAACUGUGUUUAGAAAAGUGCCAUAAAAAUAAAACUAUUAUUCACUCUGCGAGCACAUGUAAGGAGCUUAAUGAACAAUAUUUAUGAAAGGUAAACAUGUUGCAGGACUUUGAGUCAGUGAGUCGAUUAAGUGAGAAUAAAUCAGGUGUAGAUGGAAUUACAGU